AUGGGGAACCACCUGGUUUCCAACUCCGCAGCCGCCAUCAACGCCAUCGAUGACAUCUCGACCGUCGACCCGGAUGAGAGCGUCCUCAGUCUGGCUAAGGGCCCAAGAAGACGUCAACAUGACGAUGAAGAGUCGGAGAGCAUAGAGGAAGACGACCUUGAGAGCCUGGCUUCCGCAGCUGUUGAUGCGAAUGGCAAGAAACAUGUCGAAAAAGCCGAAGAAGAGAAGGAACUCCCUCCCCACGCCUGCGCCUACUGUGGCAUUCAUAACCCAAGCAGCGUUGUGCGCUGUUUGACAUGCUCCAAAUGGUUUUGCGCAGCCCGUGGAAACACCUCCUCCUCUCAUAUUGUCAACCACCUUGUUCGAGCCCGCCACAAAGAAGUCCAACUUCACCCAAGUAGCUCCCUCGGCGACACAGUCCUUGAAUGUUACAAUUGCGGAACAAAAAAUGUCUUUCUACUUGGCUUUAUCCCGGCAAAAUCAGACACAGUUGUGGUUCUACUCUGCCGACAACCUUGUGCGGCGAUGCCCUCCUCUAAAGAUAUGAAUUGGGACACUUCAAGAUGGCAACCCUUGAUAGAAGACCGUUCAUUUCUCUCUUGGCUUGUCGCACAACCGACUGACCAAGAACAACUCCGUGCCAGGCAUUUAAGUCCUCAAAUGAUUGCAAAGCUGGAAGAGCUUUGGAAAGAAAAUGCCAAUGCUACCAUCACGGAUCUCGAAAAAGCGGCAAACAUCGAUGACGAGCCCGCCCCAGUCCUUCUGCGCUACGAUGACGCUUACCAGUAUCAGAACGUCUUCGGCCCCUUGGUCAAGAUUGAAGCUGAUUAUGAUCGCAAGUUAAAGGAGAGCCAAUCGCAGGACAACCUGAUUGUCCGAUGGGAUCUCGGCCUCAACAACAAGCACUUGGCCAGCUUUGUUUUGCCAAAACUUGAACUAGGCGAUGUCAAGCUGGCUGUGGGAGACGAAAUGCGACUCAAAUACACCGGAGAUUUACGACCAACCUGGGAAGGCGUUGGCUAUGUCAUCAAGAUCCCGAACAACCAGUCGGACGAAGUCACCAUCGAGUUACGAGCAAAGGGCGACCACAAGUCCGUGCCUACUGAAUGUACGCACAACUUUACAGCAGACUAUGUUUGGAAGGCCACAUCCUUCGAUCGGAUGCAGCUCGCCAUGAAAACCUUCGCUAUCGACGAGAUGAGUGUCUCUGGCUACAUCUUCCACCGCCUUCUCGGCCAUGAAGUUGCUGCAGCCCCCAUGAAGACCCAACUACCCAAGAAGUUCAGCGUCCCUGGCCUGCCUGAACUCAAUGGCAGCCAAAUCAACGCGGUUAAAUCCGUCCUGCAGAAACCGCUCAGCUUGAUUCAAGGCCCCCCGGGCACUGGGAAAACGGUGACCUCUGCCACUAUUAUUUACCAUUUGUCCAAGAUCAAUGGAGGUCAAGUCUUGGUUUGUGCUCCCUCCAACGUGGCUGUCGAUCAACUGUGCGAACGCAUACACCGCACCGGACUGAAGACGGUUCGUGUGACUGCGAAAUCUCGAGAAGAUGUGGAGUCAUCUGUUGGGUUCCUCUCCCUGCAUGAACAAGUCCGAAUGAACGACAGCAAUGUGGAAUUGGCGAAGUUGAAUCAACUCAAAUCAGAACUGGGUGAAUUGUCAAGUCAAGACGAGAAAAAGUACAAGUCCUUAACCCGCGCAGCGGAGCGAGAGAUCCUGCAAAAUGCCGAUGUCAUUUGUUGUACUUGUGUCGGUGCCGGGGAUCCAAGACUUGCUAAGUUCAAGUUCCGCACCGUCCUGAUCGAUGAAUCGACCCAGUCAGCAGAGCCCGAAUGCAUGAUCCCUCUGGUUCUUGGCUGUAAACAAGUCGUCCUUGUAGGCGACCAUCAGCAACUGGGACCUGUCAUCAUGAACAAGAAGGCUGCAAAGGCUGGUCUCAAUCAAUCUCUCUUCGAACGUCUCGUCAUCCUUGGCUGUGCGCCAAUUCGUCUGAAUGUUCAGUAUCGUAUGCACCCCUGCCUGUCGGAGUUUCCGUCAAAUAUGUUCUACGAAGGAUCUCUUCAGAAUGGUGUCACUAUGCAAUACCGUCUCCGGAAAGACGUGGAUUUCCCCUGGCCUGUCCAAGACGCACCAAUGAUGUUCUGGUCAAACCUUGGAAACGAAGAAAUCUCCGCCUCAGGCACCUCAUAUCUCAAUCGCACGGAAGCAGCCAAUGUGGAAAAGAUCGUCACGCGUUUCUUCAAAGCCGGCGUCAAACCUUCAGACAUUGGUGUCAUCACUCCAUACGAAGGCCAACGCAGCUACAUUGUCAGCUCCAUGCAAGCCACCGGGACAUUUAAAAAGGAAAUGUACAAGGAAAUCGAGGUCGCCUCAGUCGAUGCUUUCCAGGGUCGAGAGAAGGACUUCAUCAUCCUGUCUUGCGUCCGGUCGAACGAUCACCAAGGCAUUGGUUUCUUGAGUGAUCCCCGUCGUCUGAAUGUAGCCAUGACUCGAGCCAAGUACGGUUUUGUCAUUCUCGGCAACCCUAAAGUUCUCUCCAAGCACCCACUCUGGCACUAUCUCCUGCUCCAUUUCAAGGAGCGCAAUUGUCUGGUCGAAGGCCCUUUGAACAACCUACAGGUAUCUCUGCAUCAAUUUAGCCGACCGAAACAGUCCUACCGAGGCCCACAACGCUAUCAAAUGGCCUACAACCAUGCUAGUCAUAUGGCAAGCGGAAUGAUGAAUGGACGGACGGCUCCGCGCAACGAUUACCGUGAACCAGCAAGCUCCGUCGUCGGUUACAUACCUGACGAUGUUUCUUCUAUCCAUUCAUCUGCGAUUGGCGGAGUAGGUGUUCCAGCAGGCUAUCCACCAAUGUUCCAAGGAUUCACACCUGACACAUGGCCCUCCCUCCAAAAUACCCGGGCUCACCGCCAAAAUGGUGUCAGAGCGAGAGCAGUCCCUGGUAGUGUUGCGGGAGAAUCUACGGUAGCGACUGAAUCCGAUAUCACAGGCAGCAUUCUUGGACAAGGCGGGGUCAGCCUGGAUCAGUUGUCCAUUCAUGACACCAACAAACAGCCAAGCUAUAACCAGGCAGAUCGACUUAAGAGAUAUGUCGAAGGCGGGGUUCCUGCCUCUGGUGGCUACGUUUCGAACCACAAGCUCGGCAAGCUUGUGCACGAAGACGAAGACGCCAGGAGUGUUUCGACUGCAUUUGCCAGUCAAGUCGGUGGAAGCUACGACUGA